CAAUUUGGCGGCCUUCUCACCCGGCUAGAAAAAUGCCAAACAACAAACAUCGUUACAAAUCCGUUGUCCAACUUUUCAGUUUUUUUCUGUCCAUUUCACUGGAGUCUAUUUAAUCGGUUUACCUAACAGUUUUCUCCACCGACAGACCCAACACGACCGCUGUCGCGAAAGAAAAAGAGAUAAAUAACUUUGGAGAAUCAAUUGUUCAACUGUAUGAAAGAAUAAUUCUCCUUAGAAGCAACUAUAUGUUUCAAUUAUUAUUCAAAAGCAUGAUAUUUUAAAUAAUGGUGAUUCUAUCCAAAAUGAAAACAGUGAGAUCUAAUAUGUAUGUCCAAUAAAAUGUAUAUUUAAGUAUCAUAUAUAAUAGUAUACAUACAAUUUAUGUUGUACUAAUAAAAUGGGCGAUGCAAAAUUUAAUGGCACCAAUUCACGUAUGAAGAGAACUACCCAUGAUGAAGAUAAGGCAUUCAAAGACGAACCACCUUUUAAAUCUCAGCGUUUAUAUCAACUGUUUAAUGAUGAUCAACAUUUUCAAAGUCCAACUGAUUAUCAGUUUGAUAACACUGAAGUUACUGAACACAAUUAUGAAAGAAUUUCAGCUACAACUGUUUAUAAAAAACUACAAGUAUUGGAAAUUAGGGAUAAAAUUUUACGUGCAUCUACUACGCUGCCAAUCAAAGAAAUUAAUGUUGAUGAAAUUAAACCAAUGGAAGGUACCUGUCAAGAUAUGUGCCCAGAAAAAGAACGUCUACUGCGUAUACAUGGUAACAUGGUUUCACAGUUUGAAUGUAAAAUUAUUGAUUCAAAGUUGGAACCAGUUUUUGAAAUGAUGGUAAAACAAUAUGCUAGAAGUUCUGCUGACCAAGCCAAUCCAUUAUCUCAAGAAUUGAGACCAACACCUAUACUUGUUAAGACCAUGCAUUAUAUGCUUAAAAAUAUUAUAUACCCAAUUGAAUCUAACAUUGAACAAGAUUUGGCUUGUUGGUAUGAUUUUUGUUGGGAUCGUUUGCGUGCAAUACGGAAAGAUAUUGUUCAACAAAAUUUACAGAACUCGGAAGUUGUGACAAUACUUGAACAAAUUGGCCGUUUUCAUAUUGCUUGUUAUGAUUUAAUGCUUGGCUAUACAGGUUUUGAUAUCAAGUUAAACACGGAAAACUUAAACAAUUGCAUUCAAAUGUUGAUGCCCAUGUAUAGAGAUUCAGAACAACAAUGUCCAAAUGAACCAGAGUUUGUGUCGUAUGAGUUACUUAUGCAUUUAGGAAACCCACAAUUUCAUACUGCAUAUGAUUUAUUACCAAUUAAUAUAAAACAAUCACCUCAAGUAAGAUUCUGUAUUAAAGCUAACACAACGUAUUUACAGUCAAGUGACUGUAAAGAGUUCUUCAAUUUACUGAGAAGUACAACUUUUAUGAAUUGUUGUAUAUUACAAAGAGUUAUACCAAGUAUUAGAUAUAAUAACAUAAAAAUGAUGAACAUGUCAUAUACAACUGUCAAGAGAGUUUAUAAGCUUGAAAUGGAACAUUUUAUGGAAAAACUUUGUUUUGAUGAUAUACAAUUGGCUAAAGAGUUCUUUUCUGAUAUUCAGUUACAAUAUAAAGAAAAGUAUGUAUAUCUUUCGCAUAAUCUAGCCAUAUGUGCGCCUGAGCUUAGAAGACAAAAACAAGAAUUCAUAAUCUCUAAGAAAAGACAAAAUUUAACAUUCUUAAUAUCUGGAGUAGAAAACAUGCCUGAUGUCAAAGUCACCCCAGUUCAUUCAAGCUUUGAUAUUAAUGACCGUUUUUAUGAUGAUGCUAAUAAUGAAGUAAACAAAGAUCUGAACAAUGAAAUAUCAGAUUCUCAGAUGGUAGUAGAUACUUAUUCUUUAAUAAAUUCAAAAGAUGAUGAUACAAACAGACAGUUAUUCUCAACCACUCCAAUACAAACCACAGGCUUAGAAAUACCUACAUUCACUUUUAAUUUACCUAAGUUUUCUUUACCUACACAAAUUCAAAAACCAGUUACCAAUUUUGAAAUACAAUGGAACCCACCCAAAAAAUUAUCUACUUUCCAAGAUAUCCUAAGCUCGGAUCAAUCAAAUUUUACAUCAAAUUCACUUGUAACCAGCAAUAUAACAAGCCUUCCAGUAACAAUUGCUCAAAAGGAAUCUAUGAAACCUCCAUGCCAAAUUCCUAUGAAUAUAAGUCCUAUUCAGUCACAUCCUAAAACCAAUUUUAAGGAACAACUAGAUGUUAUGCAAUUAAUAGAACAUCAAACUAAUCUUACCAAAAAAUAUUUUUGCAAAUGGCAGGAUUAUGUUAAUUGUAAGAAAUCUAAGUAUAUCGAAGAGAUGUUUGCAUAUGGUGAUCUAUUUCAUUCAGAGUGUAUUUCAUCAUUGUCGUCAUCUCCAUCAUCAAUUAAGUCUCUAAGUUAUGUCGAUGAAGUUAUUGAAAAUCAAGAAGAACCAAAAGAAUGGGUAAAUAAACAGUACAUUUUGGCAGAAAAGUAUUUCUAUAUUUGGCUACGAAAAGUUUUACGUAGAAGAAGAAAGAUCGAAAUUGAUCCUGUAUGUAGUUUACCAUGGUCAGUAUUUAUGCAAGUACAUGGCACACCAAAAGAGACAUUACCAGUUACGAUUGAAGAUUUAAAGUCGAAGAGGCAAUUAAAAAUUCCAAUACAUCAUCCAUUAAAUAGUAAUAAUUCUGCAGAACAUGAUAUUAGUGUUCAAAUGGCUAAUAUAUUUGUUAAAAAUGUAAAAGAAAUGAAUAAAUAUGGAUCUGUUGGAAAAAAGAUAUUUUGGAAAUUGGCAGUUAAUUAUGGAGAUACACCAGAACCCCAUUGUAUAGAAAAAAAAGUGCUAACUAUUAUUUAUGGUAAAUUAGGAUUUUGUAACAAUCAAAUACAAACCAUUCAUACUGAUUGUAAUGCAUAUUUCAUAAAAACAGUGCAUAGUUGUAUUGGGCAAUUCAACUGGACAAACAAUGGUUUAAACGCAACUCUUAUUUUCACAAAUACGGAUAAAGAAGACGUUGAGACAUUAUUUAAACGUGUGGAUUCAAUUUUGCAAUCAACUCCAAUAGCAAUACCUUUAGUCAUGAUAUUUUCUUCGAGAUCAGAUAAAGAUUGUAUUAAAGAUUAUGAAUAUGUUUUAGAUGGGUACAAGGAAAACGAGUACAUUAAUAAUUAUUCUGUUUACAUGUGGGAAGGACCAAAAACCAUUCUAGAAUCUAUUGAAUUUUUUUCCAAAAAUUAUGUAGACUUUGCCCCGGGUACGCGUACAGAAAAAUUAUAUUAUAAUUUACUCAAUUUUUCUCAACAUUUCUUCGUAAAAGUACGUAGUAUAUUAUCUGAUGAUAAUCCAAAUACUAUUAUUGAAAAAUACAAUCAAUGCUUGGAUGCUUACAUUAAACGUUUGGGUAGAAGUAAUCAAAUAUUAACAUAUUUGGCACCCGAUUUGGUUCCAUAUUACACUCAAAAUCCAGAUGAAUUUUCAAAAGAAUAUUCAAACUUGAAUUUAAAAUAUUUUGAAGAUUUAUUGAAUAUUGCGCACCUAUUGCCAUAUGAAUCAUGGCCACCUAAAAAUGUUGGUGAUUUAAUUGAUUAUGUGAAAAAUAUGUGCAGACUUUCAAACCGUAGAUCUUGGUGUUUAGACAUAUUGCAAAUGCUCCAAUUACAUAGAAAAGCCGAUUUGGAGCACUGUUUAUUGGAUGCUAGUUGGUAUGAACCAAUCGAAAUGUGGAUUGAAGGUACAUUAGAAAAGUGUUCUACUGCACAGAAUGAUUUUACUGUAUUUUACAAUGGUGACCCGAUUAAGGAUGUUCUGAAUAUGAUAUUUCCAGACCGAUGAUAAAUGUAUUAAUUUAGUUUUUAUUAGAUAAAGAUGACCUAAAUGUUUAUAUAUACCUAAUUAACCUAUUGUUAACUGAUAAUUGUUCAUAACUGAUAUAUUAUAUUAUGCUUCUAUAUAUAGCUAUUAUUAACUAUCAAUAUUUACAUUAUUACAUGUAUUUUUGUGAUUAUAAUUUUUAGAGUAGUUAAUUUAAACUGUUUUCAUUGUAUUAAGCUGACUAUAUAUUUUUUUUCUAAAAUAUAAAUUUACAUUACAUUUAUUCUUAAUUAAGUUGCAACAUUAAAAUGUUGUUUCUUUACAACUAGAAAUUUAAAUUAUGAUUAGUUCAUAACCUGAGUUUUAGGGGUAUGCUUAAUAUAUAAAAACUACCAAUUGUUUAAUACUUAAAACGAUUUAUAGUUACUAACAACUAAAUAAGACUUAUUAAAAUGUUUAAAUUUUUUUACUUGUAUAACUAUUAUAAUAUAAUAUGACAUUACUCAUGGGUACUUUUGUUGUUAAAGUUGUUUAUUUUGUUUAUAUUGACUAUAUUAUAUAAAUGCAUUAUUAUGUAUACUAUAUAACAGGGGUGACAAACUUUUUCUGAUCAAAUGCUAAAAUUGUGUACGUGCUUAUAAUAUAUUUUUCUCAAGAUGAUGGGGAUUUAAAAAAAUUCACCAACAUUUUUUUUAAUACAAAGUGUUUAAUUUGUUAGUUUUAAAUGUUUUAUGUAAAUAUAAGCAACAUUAGCAUCAUCCAUUAACUGUAAAAGAUAAGGUUUCACAACUGGUAUGUUGAUGUGAUUAUAUAAUUUUUUCAUAAAAUGCAACUACCUACAAGAUGGAAUUGAGAUGAUGAAAAAAUAUUUUUGUGAACCGUAAAAUUUGGCCAUAUAAGUUUGGCACUUUUGCUAUAUAAUAAGAAUAUUAAAAACAUUUAAAACAUGUUUCAUAAUAUUUAUUUUUAAAACAAAAUUAAAAGUUUUAAGAGCAAGCUGAUAAAUGUAAAAUUUUGAAAAUUAUUUUAAAGUACUUAUUAUACAUUUUUUUUUUAUUGAUUCUUAAGCCCGGCAUCUAUAGCCAUUAGCUGUUAGUAGGGUUGUAUUGUGGUGGUGGUAGGGUUUUGAAGUGGUGGGUUUUUACACGUGAGUGUUUGUGUUUGGCAGAAUUUUUGAUUGGGCACCCUUUAGGUAUCUGCCAUGCCCGGUUGGGGGAUGGUGGCACUCGUUCUCCGGACACCGUGACUGCCCGAAGAAAAAUGCCGCCCGUGACUAAGGAAUUGAAUCGGUGCUGGCUGCAGUACAACUGAUGCCUUAGACCGCUCGGCCACUCCGUCCCCCAAUUUUUAUUUUUAUUACAUUACAUAUUGUGUAAAUAUCUAUUUUCUUAAUGAAUAUAUUAUAUAAAUUAUAGUUAUAAUUUGUAUUAGUUAUUAAGUGUCUGAAUUGUAAAACUUGUACAACAUAUCUACUAUUAAUGCACUAAUUAUUAUUGUAAAAGAUUGAAUUGAAAUACAAAUCAAAUGAUUGGUAGUAAAAAUUA